UCCACCCCUCUCCACCGCUCACUUUGUCACGUUUCGUGUUCCCCGACCCGGCUGCGUCUUGAUACACCUAUACCUCCCCCCCCCGCCUCGCUCUCUCACCGUCUUCUUCCUUUCUCUUCUCUUUUCUCCUCGUCUUCCUCCUCCCUUUCCAUCAUCCUCUCCCUCUCUCCUUAAAAGCCAAACUGCAGUCCUUUCUCUGCAGCUUCACGAUUCUUCUUCUAUGCUGAGCCUCGCCCGCAAGACUUUGAAUCGCGUCCCCAGCUUCCAGGAUAUUCUACAAGGCAGGAUGACCCACCCAGACAUUUCCGUUGACGUUCUCGUCAUUGGUGCCGGUCCUACUGGUCUCGGUGCCGCCAAGCGUCUCAACCAGAUCGAUGGCCCCUCUUGGUUGAUUGUCGACAGCAACGAGAUCCCCGGUGGUCUCGCUUCCACCGAUGUGACUUCCGAAGGCUUCCUCUUCGACGUCGGUGGUCACGUUAUCUUCUCCCACUACAAGUACUUUGACGACUGUAUCAACGAGGCCCUCCCCAAGGACGAUGACUGGUACACUCACCAGCGUAUCUCCUACGUCCGUUGCCAGGGUCAAUGGGUUCCCUACCCUUUCCAGAACAACAUCUCCAUGCUGCCCAAGGAGGAGCAGGUGAGAUGUAUCGAUGGUCUGAUUGACGCUGCUCUCGAGGCUCGCGUGGCCACCACCAAGCCCGCCAACUUCGAUGAGUGGAUUAUCCGCCAGAUGGGUGUCGGUAUUGCCGACCUUUUCAUGAGACCUUACAACUACAAGGUGUGGGCUGUGCCUACGACUAAGAUGCAAUGCGCUUGGUUGGGUGAGCGUGUCGCUGCUCCCAAUGUCAAGGCUGUGACGACCAACGUCAUCCUGAACAAGACUGCCGGUAACUGGGGUCCUAACGCUACUUUCCGUUUCCCCGCUCGUGACGGUACCGGUGGUAUCUGGAUUGCCGUUGCCAACACUCUCCCCAAGGAGAAGACCCGCUUCGGUGAGAAGGGCAAGGUUGUCAAGGUCAACGCCAACAACAAGACUGUCACUCUCGGCGACGGCACCACCGUCGGCUACAACAAGCUCGUUUCGACCAUGGCUGUCGACUAUCUUGCUGAGCAACUCGGCGACCAGGAGUUGAUCGGUCUCACCAAGGAGCUCUUCUACUCUUCCACCCACGUUAUUGGUGUCGGUAUCCGUGGUGAACGCCCCGAGAGAAUCGGUGACAAGUGCUGGCUCUACUUCCCCGAGGACAACUGCCCCUUCUACCGCGCCACCAUCUUCUCUAACUACUCCCCUCACAAUCAGCCCGAGGCGUCCAAGAAGCUGGCGACCCAGCAGCUGGCCGACGGCUCCAAGCCCAAGAACACUGAGCCCCAGGAUGGUCCCUACUGGUCGAUCAUGCUGGAGGUUUCCGAGUCUUCUAUGAAGGCCGUCAACCACGAGACGCUCCUGGCCGACUGUAUCCAGGGUCUCGUCAACACCGAGAUGCUCAAGCCCACUGAUGAGAUCGUCUCCACCUACCACCGCCGCUUCGACCACGGUUACCCCACCCCCAGCCUGGAGCGUGAGGGUGCUCUGACCCAGAUCCUGCCCAAGCUCCAGGCCAAGGACAUCUGGACCCGUGGUCGUUUCGGUAGCUGGCGCUACGAGGUCGGCAACCAGGACCACUCCUUCAUGCUGGGUGUGGAGGCUGUUGACAACAUUGUCAACGGAGCGGUUGAGCUGACCCUCAACUACCCUGACUUCGUCAACGGCCGACAGAACACUGAGCGCCGUCUGGUUGACGGUGCCCAGGUCUUCGCCAAGAAGCAGUAAAUGGGAGCGGGAAGAUUUAUAGACGACACAUACUCUAAUUCUUAUUUUUUAUUGAAAUGACCGAGGGGGCCAAAAUGAUACACAGGGAGUGCGAUUUGCUUUCUGCUCAUAAACUGUUACCCUUUCUUUAUUCCCCUGACCAUGUUCUUUUUUUGAUUGAGAGCGAUGUAUGAGAGAUACUUUUGCUGGCAUAGUUCUUGUUCCGAGGGAUGGUAAAACACCCCGCUUUCUCUUCUUCUACAUUAUUUGCUAGAAUAUCCAGAAUUUACCAUGGGCAAGAAUUGACUCGUG